UAUGAUCGCUGCAGGAGGUAAAGGAUGAAGCAACUAUAAAAAAACUAAAACCACGAGAGCACGGUGUGCGCAAACGUCUGCGCAGUAGGCGCCGCUACGUCUGUUGACUGCUGGUCGGUCCAGUAACCACUUACAGUUUUUUUUUUCUUUAUUUCUUCCUGCGAAGGCGUCUUCGCCUGUGGACGACACGUUUAAUCUGCGGCACAGCGGGGCUCCCGGUGGGAGCGGCAGCGGGCCAAAGAAUGAACAGGCCUAAGCAUCAGCAGCAGUAUGACCCGAAGAUUGCGGGUCUCUACGAUCUUGGCGACACGCUCGGCCGGGGCCAUUUUGCGGUAGUGAAGCUCGCUCGGCACGUCUUCACGGGGGAGCAAGUGGCCGUGAAGGUGAUCGACAAGACGAAGCUGGACGACGUUUCAAGGGCCCACUUGUUCCAGGAGGUGCGCUGCAUGAAACUAGUGCAGCAUCCGAAUGUUGUGCGGCUGUACGAAGUCAUCGACACACAGACGAAACUCUACCUUGUGCUGGAAUACGGCGAUGGGGGAGACAUGUACGAUUACAUCAUGAAGCACGAUCGGGGCGUCAGCGAGCAAGCCGCACGCAAGUACUUUCGCCAAAUCGUGCACGCCAUUUGGUACUGCCACAAGCUGCACGUCGUGCACCGCGACCUCAAGCCGGAAAAUGUGGUCUUCUUUGAGAAACUCGAAAUGGUCAAGCUCACGGACUUUGGCUUUAGCAACAAGUUUUGUCCUGGCCAGAAACUCGAGACUUCUUGCGGCUCCUUGGCUUACUCGGCUCCCGAAAUCCUCUUGGGCGAUUCGUACGACGCGCCCAAAGUCGAUGUCUGGAGCCUGGGAGUUAUUCUCUACAUGCUGGUUUGUGGCCAUGCCCCUUUUCAAGAAGCUAAUGACAGCGAGACUCUCACAAUGAUAAUGGACUGCAAGUACACCAUCCCUCCACAUGUCUCCGAUGACUGCAAAAGAAUGAUAGCUCGCAUGCUUAUCCGUGAUCCGGACAAACGUGCAAGCUUGGAGGAAAUUGCUGCUGACCCAUGGCUUGCUACAGGCGAUGCCCCACAGCCUGCUGACCACCUACCUCUUAUCCACAGGGAGCAUCUAUCCGAGGAGGACCACUCACACAUAAUACAGAAAAUGGUUAAUGGCUGCAUUGCAAGCAAGGAUGAGAUUCUUGAGGCUUUGGACCGCAAUGAGUACAACUACAUGACUGCUACAUAUUAUCUUUUGGCUGAACGUAAGCUUCGUGCACAACGCCAAGAAAAAGCUCAACAGCUCAACCGUACUUCUAGGGCAGAUCUUUCUCCUGUAGCGGUUACACCAGGUGUGUCCUCAGCAGCACCAUCACCUGCACAAGAGAGGCCUAACGUGGCUCAAGUGCUGGCCUCCCCAGGUGGCCUGCCAAGUAUUGCGCUGGAUCCCUCUGCGGGCCAUCCCCUUGCUUCGCUGCUUAGUGUGUCCUCAGGCCCUCUCGAAGAUGACUCGUCCCUGGCUGUGCCAAGGUCCAGUCUGCCACUGGGGCGAAAAUGCAGCAUAGUGCGAGAAGAAGAUGACCUGUCUUCUCUCGCCCCUUCCCACUCACCACCCAUCCGAGGUGCUGUUUUUUCAGAGGAAAAUGAGUCAGCGGAGUCUGAUGAACGAGCUGUGCGGCCCGUUCUUUCCCUGCCCACAGCCCCCAGUGCACCCUCUCCUCCAAUACCUGAUGGAGCUCCCCAACGACAAUCACCCACAGUGCGACUGCGCUGCAUUCCAGGCCGGCGUCUCCAUGCAGUCAAGAGCUCCCCUCAGUUGCUGGGUGGUGCAGGUGACAUUCGUGUGCGAUCAGGAGUGGGCAAGCUGCGUGUGCAUGUAGCUGGCCGCAAUCGAACGACAAGCUGCAGUAGCUCUGAUGAUGAGGAAGGUGACAAACGGCGCCAUCCUCCCACAGCAAAAGGUGACACACCACUCCAGGGAAGCCCAUCGGGCAGUGUCCUUCCAUCACCACAUGCUCAUGAUGAGGGCUACUCAGCAGACAGUACCGAUAGCUUGGACAUUCUACCCGAUCCAGCUCCACGGCUCACUAACUCUGUGUCUUGUGGUGACUUGACAGUAGAAGAAUCUCCUGCGUCCAAAAGUGAUGAAGGCGCAUCAUCUUCAGCUGUUCAGUGUGCUGAUAUAGUCCUUGUAGAAGAAAUGGCAUCAGCGGAUGCUCCACGAAUCUCUAAUAGCUUCAGCCUUGCUGCAGGACUAAGCUGCCUUGGGCGUAAGUCAAGCCGUGAUGAGAUGCAAAGCAGCCGGUCACGCCUUGGAAGCAGCCUUGCCAAGCUAGUCCCCAAUGGAAGUCGAAAUAGUGCCUCCAACAAUGCUGGGGCGGUAGCGCUGAAGCCCCAAUUGGACAUCAACCAGAAUGGAUUCCGAAAAGGCCGCAGCAAAAGUCAGUCUGGGGUAGUAGAUGUGAAACUCGCGUCCAAGUGCUGCACACUUUGUUAAAGAGAAAUGCUUCCGUGACAAUCUCCCAGAACCGAGAAUACUCAGAGCCAUCCUACAGUAGGUGGAUCACAUUCCUGGGGGGACCAUGCCACGUUUGUUUCUUCCAUGAUUAGCUGUUGUUACCCGUUGGAUGCCUAAAAAUGGCAGAGAGCCAGAGAGGCUCACAGGCAUUACUUAGCUUUCAUUUCCUUUGAAAGGAAAAAAAAUAAUGUCUUAUGGGCACACUUGAUAGCCACGACUUAUCCAGUUGCCGAAUGCAUAGGCUAGAACAUUACUUUUGUUUCAUAAAUCGUGGAGAGGCUAUAGUGCAAUCAAUAUCGCAAGUGUCGCAUACUAGCACCACCAAAGUUUUAGGAGUUUUGCAUGAUUUAUUCAAGAAAAUGAACACUGCUUCUUUUAAACGACUGCCAUUAAAUUUUCUUUUCAUUGCGUUUUAUUAUGGCACAAGGGUUAAUAGCAGCUGGAGGCUAAUUCAUUAAUUACGCUGGUAUUUCUCAUGGAAAAGUAUUAACACUUCCUUGUCAUGCAUUUGAAUGCUAGUGCACUUUCACUGGUCACUGUAUUCACUACAUAAUCACGUCUUUUGCGGGGGAAAAAGCAAAAAGUGUUCUUGCUUUGGAAUGGAAUGCGUAGCUCCUUUGAGCUUGCCACACAGUCCGAAAUAUGGCAUACAGAGAGAAGAGGAUGCCCUACGAACAGCACAACAAAGUAAACACAUGGUCAAAACAAAGCAAGUUGUUAGUACAAAAAGUUGUCCUCUUUCCUUCUUUACUCACUGUAACCUUAGUGAUGCUGUACACCAAAGUUGUAGGCAUAGUGGUGGAAGUUCAAAGGUGUUUGUCACAUUCCUAAUUCAUACAGACAUAUGAAAGUUUAUGUUUGUGUGUGGGCUUCUAUUGUGCGAAGAAACUGUAGCUGUUGUGUAAAGCUGUUUACAAGUUGUGGUCGCAGUGCAGGCACUGACUUUUUUUUUUUUUUUUUUUUUUUUUUUUUUUUUUUUGAGGUGUCAAUUGGCACAGCUUGUAAGGCUUGGCCAUCACUAGUGGUUUUAGAGCUUGUUUAUAGGAAGGAAGUGGUUUGGAUGAUGAAUGCAAAGCGAAUGUGAAAGUGUGCCACUGCACAUAUUCCCUCACGGAAAAUUCCAGUGGCCCAGGUAUGUUUGUUUGUCACUGUGGUUGCUGCUUGUGCAUUUAAAGUGAACAUGGGUUGACCCAAAAGUGGCUUGUGCUUAGUUUUAUAAAGGGCGCGACACGAGUGCAUGUAUAUACUAGGUUGUCGAAGGCAAGCUUACCACUGUGCACUCCCUGACCCAUCCCACUCUUUGUGGUGUAAAGUCGUGCAUCUUGUGUGUUAUUAGAACCAUGUCAUGUAACAAGGAGUGUGUGAAAUAGGCACUGUGCUCUGGUGUUUCAAUUGUUUUUGUCUUGUAGGUGUAUUGUGCGUGCAGGUGCCUGUCUCGUACAACCAACACAACACACAAAAAAAACAAGAACACAACUUUAGCAAUAAUUGUGAAAAAUGUAAAUGUAGAGUUGUUUUAGUAAAAACAAAAGCUUGUUAACAAACAA